AUGAAGUUAGUGCGCGGAUAUCGUUACGUGUUGUUCGGGUUGCUGGUGCUCUGCCAAUCCAGCUUGUGUCCGGGUGAAGACCUUCCAGCAGGUGCAGGUGAUGGUACUGGAGCGGUAACCCUAGUGAAACCCACCGAUCAUGGCCGCUCGAAACGUACGCUGGUGUACACCUUCAACAGCUGUUCUGGAAUCCUGAUUGCGCUGUCGAUCCCGCUCGUCGUCACCGGACGGAACAUCUUUAUGUCGUACAACUUCGAGGCGAACUAUAACAUGCCGACGGAUAGUACGGAUUUCACGCAAGGCAUCCUCAAGAAGGGUGACAACGACCAGAUUCACGAGGCCGAGGCACGUCAGGUUCGCGCCCCAAAGCGAUCGAGUCUGAGCAGGAAGAAGUUUUACCGUACGAUCGAGCUGAACCUGCAGCGGUACGGGUUCGCUGGGAAGCGAUGUAUCCUGCGGAUGAUCUGUGAGGUGGCGAAGACACCGUUGCAGCACGAGAACGGCGUGUUGGGUGAUCUGCUGCAGUUGAUAUUCACACCGUCCCUUUCCGAGGACGAGGAUUUGCCGGGUGAGUUCAUGCGAGCUGAACAGCUUGGACGGGAACAAGGAAAAUGCACCAAGUAUCGACCCCACUGCCCGUUAAACCCGAUCGAUCUGGUGAGCAUCGUUUUGGAUACUUAA